AUGGCCACUCUUCGCUUUGCCGUGCGCAGUGUCGCCAUCAUCGGGGCCGGCCCGGGCGGUUUAGCGGCAGCCAAGUACAUGCGGGACCAGGGUGUGUUCAGCCGAAUUGUCGUCUACGAGCAGAACGCCGAGGUAGGCGGAGCGUGGAACUACAGCGCGGUGCCCAACAGCGUCGAGCACGUGCCGCAGGAGAACGCGCUGCAGCGGCCGGAUGAGCCGAUCCAGCCGGAGCCACGCGAGGACGACCCGUCACCGGCGCCGGUCUAUCCGACAGCCAUCUACAGCUUUCUGCACACCAACGUGCCGCACCCACUGAUGGGGUUCUCGGACCUGUCGUUUGCCUCGGUCUUUGGCAGCGACAGCGACAGCGAACGGCCCGAAGGUGGUGUGUUGACCAUCUUCCCGCAGCGCCAAGACGUGUUCCGCUAUCUGUUGCGCUAUGCCGCCGACGUCCGCAGUCUUGUGCGGUUCUCGACGGUGGUCGACGACGUCCGACUGGUGCCCGGGGCAUCGCAACAAAGCGGCGGUUCCGUUGUCGAUCGCUGGCAGGUACACACGACGAGCACAACCGGCAAGACGUCAACGGUUGAGACGUUCGACGCCGUGAUCGUGGCCAAUGGCCACUACGACAUCACGUAUCUGCCCGACGUCCCGGGCAUCCGGGCCUUCCAAGCGGCGCACCCCGGCGUCGUGACGCACGCGAAGCGGUACCGCAGUCCGGCGCCGUACACCAACAAAAAGGUCGUCGUCGUCGGCAACGCCGCCUCGGGCCUCGAUGUCAGCCUGCAGGUCAGCGCCGUCUGCCGCCGGCCGCUGCUGCUGUCGGUACACACGCCCACGGAUCCCGACAACCUGGCCCGCCUGGCCGACGUCGAGGAGGUGCCGACCAUUGCUGAAUUCCUCGUGGCCGAGCGCGGCGUCCGGCUGGCCGAUGGCCGCAUCGUGCGCGAUGUCGACGCUGUCAUCUACUGCACCGGGUAUCUCUUUUCGCUGCCUUUUUUGGAGCGUGAGGGAGAGGAGGAAAUGGAGCAGAAGAAAGAGGAAGAGAAGCAGGAACACAACAGGCUGCAUCCACUCCUCACAAACGGCCGUCGCGUCUUUGGGCUCUACCGCGACCUGCUGCACAUCGAGCACCCGACGCUGGCCUUUCUCGCCCUGCCGUACCGCGUCAUCCCCUUUCCGCUGGCUGAGUCGCAGGCGGCGCUGCUGGCACGCGUCUGGGCCAACGCGCUGUCGCUGCCGUCACGCGAAGACAUGCAUGCGUGGGAGCGGGCGGCCGAGCAGGAACGCCCGACGUCGUUCCAUACGUGGCCGCUCGGCGAUGACGGCGUCUUCAUCAAUGAGACCCACCGCCAGAUCAUGGAGGACGGCGGCGCGGUAGCCCGCGUCGGCAAAGAGCCGCCACACUGGACUGACCGUCAGCUGUGGAUGCGAAGCCUGGCGCUGGCUCCCAAGGGCCGGUUCGAAGAUCUGGGUCGGACGGCCACGACGUUGGAAGAGCUCGGAUACGUCUUUGACGGAGACAUGGCGCAGUCGUAG